AUGGCGAUGGUCAGUUACGCGGCUGGCCGGCCGAAGGGCAGCCGCAGCCGACCGAAGAAGAAGGACGACGAUCCCAAGGAUCCCAAGGAGCCGAAGGAUCCCAAGGAGCCGAAGGAUCCCAAGGAGCCGAAGGAUCCCAAGGAGCCGAAGGAUCCCAAGGAGCCGAAGGAUCCCAAGGAGCCGAAGGAUCCCAAGGAGCCGAAGGAUCCCAAGGAGCCGAAGGAUCCCAAGGAGUCGGGCUACCAGGUGGCCUUCGCCCCAAGUCUGACCCUCCCAAGUGAACAGCUGGCAGGGGACGGAUCAGCGUCGUCAAAGACAGGAGUCAAGGCUCUGCAAGCAAAGAGCGAGCAAAGCAGGAGAGUCCUCGCUACUGAAGGUCAAAUCGACAGAGGAGGUGCCUUCGAGCUCCCGCCUCCGGGCGGCCUCGGCGGACUCCAACGCCUCCUAUGUCUCUGCGGUGUCCACCAGAGAGAGCCCACAGCUCGAGCUGGUCCUUCUGUGCCUGCGACACCAGUUUCUCAGGCCUCCCAGGACGUGGACGCCUCAGGCUACAAGCAGCGCAGAGCCAUGGUUUUGGCGCAGCAGCGGUACCGGGAAACUAUGUCCUACGGAAGAAGGCGACAAAGCGCGCUAGCACAAAGCGGCGACAGCAAAUUCUUGUCCUUCGCUGAGUACAGGAAAGCAAUGUCUUACGGGGCCCGCCGUGCGCAAGAAGUCGCAGCUGAAGCCUAG